ACAUGACCUCCGUUAUGCAGCUAGCGUAGCAGCUUGAGAGGAAGCUGUGCCUCGUACACAAAAUACCUUGGUUUUCCUCAAAGAAAUGAGUGUUAAAAGCUCCAUAGUGCUGCUUGGUUUCUUUUCGGAGCCGUGACUGCAGAGUAGAGGCCUUUUUCAGCAGAGGCCACCAUGCAUCCCUUUGGCCGUGAAGCUGACGUUUCUCUUCAAGACCUCUUUGAGUAUUUCAAGAGUUGCCUGCAGCACGGAGAAUGGCAGCUGGCCAGCGCCUGUGUUUCACAGCUGGCCAACUCACCAGAAGGACUUUCUGGAAAAGUGCGAGAGAUAAUCAAAGCUAUAAUCUGCCAUCCUUACAAUUUAAAAUGGGCUUCUGUCGGCACUCCACACAAACUGGCUUGGUUUUGGCUGCAGGUCUUAGAGAAAUGGACUCAGGAUCAGGUUCCUUCUCACAUCAAACAUGAGCUGGAAUUUCUACUCCUUCUUGAGGAACUGGGGUCAGAGGGCAUCCCAGAGACUGUUCUCAAGGAAUUGCACCAGGCUUUCUUGGCAUUGCAGUCUGACCAAAGGCCGGCCCUUGCUGCUGUUGAGUCUUGCCUUCAAACCCUCCUGGAGAAGAAGAAACCAAGACUUGCUCACACUUUGGCACAUUUCCUGCAGGAUCCAUCGAGCACUGAAGGCCAAACACUGCAGCAUAAAUUUAUAAAAUACUUGAUGGGGAAGCUUGGAAAACCAGAGAGGAGAGCAGAGAAUGUGGAGCAGUGGGUGGAGGAGGUUUACUCCGUCCUGGCUCUCAUACCAUGCUCCAAUAAAGGUGAUCCACACCUGGAGGCGCUGUGCGAGGCGCUGUGGUCGGCCAGAGGAGGUCCGCUGAAAGAAGAGAGGAUCCUCAGCUGCUUGCUUCGACCUCGCUGUGACACUCUGGUCUCAGUGUACUGCUCCACCGCCGUGAGGCUGCAGAGAGACCGCCUUCUGAGAAAUGCACCGGACACACAGGUGGACCUACCAGAAGCUGAGAAGCUUGCCCUCAGUCUGUGUUGCUAUAACGACCGUCGUUCUGCUUGGAGGACCAUCUUUUUUGAGUGCCUUAGUAGUGGGAAGCAUUUUCUCGAGCAGGUUUUGGUCAGUGGACUGGACCUGAUGAAACAUGAAGAUUUUAGUGGAUUGAAAGUUUUACUGCAGCUGGAGUUUCGGCCGCUGUCUCGCCUGCUGCUGCUGCUGGGAUGGACGCAGUGUCGCAGCCUCAACUCUGCUCAGACCUUUGUUAACAUCCUCCACAAAGAGCAGGGUUCAGCCAAUGACUCGGUUCUUCAGCAUUUCUGUAAUCUGUUGUCAUCUCAACUUGGGGUUCUAGAGUGGUGCAAGAUCAACAAUCCGGGGGUAUCCAUGGAAGCGCUGCAAGCACAACUACAGACUCUGGACAAUCAUUCAGCUCUUUAUAUUCUGCACUCCUUGACUCCUUUGGCUGAGUAUGAAGAGCACAGGAUACUAGAUCUACUACAGCAACUGCCAAAUUCACCCGAAACAGAAAACGCGGUCAGUCAAAGUUCUGGUGUGCAGAGGAACAUUGUUUUGUUUCAGGGAUUCUGUGCCAUGAAGUAUGCAAUCUAUGCUCUGUGUGUGAACUUCCAUAAAUACUCCAAUUGUGCCGAGUGUGAGUCUAAGCAGCAUCACCAAGGAGCUGAAACGGACACAAACAGAACUUCAGCUUCCUCAGAAGGUUGCCAUUAUAUGUUUCAGCACUAUUUAUCAGAGUGUCAGUUGUACCUGGAGACUGUGCCUGCCAUGUUCCGCCUGGAGCUCCUGGAGAAUAUCUUCUCCCUUCUCUUUCUAUCCACCUCUGACUUUGUCCAACACUUACAAAAAGACUCCAGCUCCAACCCAAACACGGGUCAUGAGACUCAAUCCGAAAGCUUGUCGAGACCAACAGAAACAAAUGCGGAGGCGAGAAAAUCCAGCUCAGAUGAGGCUGAAAGCAGCAGCCAGGAAAGCCCUAAGCCUCGUCUUUGUUUAGCAGCAGCUCAUGGUGGACACUUGGACCUAAGCCACUGCCUUCAUGGCUGCAGAGGGUUUCUGGUAGAUGUCACUGCCAUGGAGGGUUUUUUAAAGCUGCUAAAAGAAGGAUUGGAGGGCAUGUGUGUGGUGGGUCAGCAGAAAGGACAGGAAGAGGGAAGAGCGCUGCCUCGGGAGGCUGAGGCAGUGGCGAGUCUGGGCUGUUCUGUAACGGCCGAGACGUUUGGAGCCCGCCUGCAGAGGUUAUCUAAACGCACCGCAGAGGCCCAGUGGAGGCUGCAAAUCAUCACCAGCAACCAGACCACUACAGAUGGUUCAGAAAGUCCCAUUCAGAUGUCAACAUAUAGUUCUACUGCUGCUACUCUGGGAUGCAGCAAAAGGUCAAGUGUGAGGAAGAGGAGGAAACCGGCGAGGCAACCUGCCGAGAGGCAAACUUCUGCAGAGAAACAUAACGGAGAAGUUAGCACAAGUGCAUCAGAUGGUGGUGGGGUGCCCCUGGCAGGGUGUGCGGAGCUGGAGCUUUGUCCGUGUGGAGGUUCUCACAGCUGGUUGGUUCCUGCCAUGUUGUCUCCUCCAGAAUCUCUGCUGAUUUCCUGCAUCCGUCGGGGAAACUUCAUGCAGGCACAUCAGGUGUCUUUAGUUUUUGACCUGGAGGGGGCUACCUGUUGUGGAGAGCUGGCCUUCAUGGAGCGCUAUAAAGAAGUUCUGGUGGAGUUGGUCCAAGUGGAGCAGAAGAUGGAAAGCCAGUCUAUGUCUUCCUCAUCGUCUUCCUCUGAGGGCUUGGGUUUAGCCGCGGCUCCAGGUGCAGGGAGAAGUCGGCUGGGCAGCAGUGGUCGCUCAACGUUGCAGGCUAUCGGUAGUGCCGCCGCAGCAGGAGUUGCUUUUUAUUCCAUCUCAGACAUUGCAGACCGCCUCCUCAGCACCCCUGCUCAUCCGCUGUCCUGCCUGGAGGAAGGAUACUGGAUGAGCUUCUGCUCCUCUGACACCUCCACCCUUCUGUACAAACUGCUUGAGGAGCUCAGCCCAGCAGCCAUGGCUGCUUUCGACCUAGCUUGUUGCCACUGCCAGCUCUGGAAAACAUCUCGGCAGCUUCUGGACACUGCGGAGCGCAGGCUCACCAGCAGCCUUGAAGCGCGGGGAGUAAGAACUGACUGUAAAGUGCCUCAUUCAGAAGGGAUCUGUGGAUUUCCAAUGGUGUUGCAGCAGAUCAACAAGAUUCUGAAUCAUUCAGCCACUCAUAAGCCUUCCAUCAAAACAGAGUCAGUCGGGGAGGACCAGGUGUUUUCCUUCCCAUUUGGUUGCUGCAUUCAGGAAGUGCUGCUCUCCUGCCACCCAACACUGAGUGAGGAGAGCAUUGCGGCCCGACUUAGUCUAACCCAACGUCUGGAGAACCCGCUACAAAUUCUGAGCGCUGCUGUCGAUCCGACUGAGGGCAGCGUGGACAGCAGUAUUUUGACACUGCUGGUUGAACAGGCGAGUCUGAAGCAGUCGGAGCUGGAUGCUAACCCUGUUCGUUCCAGCAUGAAGCAGCUCCUUCGUUCUCUGGACCAGCUUUGCCCCUUUGAGCCAGAAGGAGCCCUUGAAAGGCCAGAUUAUGUUCGCAGUUUCCUCGACUACAUCAACACACUGGCCUCUGUGUUGGUGCGAAGCCUCUCUUCAGAAGACCAAAGAAGUCAAGUGAAGCUUGGGAACCCCCUCCUGGUUUUGCGCCAAACUCCGUUUCAACUUGUCUCCCACCUUCUGUUUGACAGACAGGUCUCUCCUGACAGAGUUCUGUCGGUUCUGCAGCAGGAGGGGCUUCGGCUGAGCAUCCAGCAGGUCAUUGUUCAGAGAUGCUGCGAGGCUCUGCCUUUGUGGAGCUCCUGUCCGGCUGCUGAAGGAGACUCUGAUCAGGGGAAGAAAGCUGAUGUAGCCUUCAGUGUUGACAGUUUAUCUGUGCUGCUUCAAACACACGCUCAGGGUUAUAGCAACGCGCUGGGAAUGACCGAACCUCUGUCUGAUGUCAGCUCUGAGUCCGAAGCCUCAGCGGACGACCCCUUCUCUUCCCCAAUUAACCUUUCCACAUCACCACCAUCUCAGUCCUCCAUCUCUUCAUCCUCCUCAACCUCAUCGUCCUCAAACACCUUUCUCCUCACCGCUUCAGCCCUGUCUUUCCUUAAAUCUCGCUCUCCUAUUCUUGCCGCUCUGGCAUGUUUAAGCGCGUGUAAAGGAGAAAUGACACGUACAAAAUCAUCUGGGUUAUCUGGAUAUUUCCGCAGCGGCAAGAAGGAGGUUGUCCUCGACAGUGAGCAGAUUUCUCGAGAGGCGGACGGCCUCCUGAGGGAAUUUCCGAUUCUGAGGGCUUACCUCCAGACUAUGGUGGAACCUGUGCUGGGGAUCGCAUUAGGCGAGGAGGAGGAAGGGCCUGCUGGGCUGGGAGGUGCUAUCUGUGGGAAACCGCUCAUCGGUCUCCUGCUCUGUGGGCCUCAAGAAGAGGCGACUCAGGCACUGGCUGCCGAGGCCUUUAAAAAUGCUCUGGUGUCUAAAAACGUGGAGCGAGCCCUCAGUCUGCUGGAGCUGUACGGGCAGGGAGGCAGCCAGCAGAAGGAGCUCACAGACCACCUACUUGUCUGCGCUGCUUUAGAAGAGUCCGAAGGUGUUGGUCAGCUGUUCCGGGUGCAAGACGCUGACCUGCGAGCUCGCGUUGUUCUCCAGGCUCUUGAGCGGUGGCCUCUGUCAGACUGUCUGGAGCUGAUUGACUUUUGCCUUAAUGACCUAAACACACAAAGCUCUCUGAGAACAGACCUUGAGCUAAGGAGGACAGAAUUAGGCAUCUACCAAUGGAUGAUGACCUUGCGGCCCUCCUUACCUUGGAAAACUUGGCAGGAGCUGAGGACGGAAUCCAAAACUAACCCUGAGUCAAUGCUGUCGAUGAUCCUCGAGGCAAAAGAAUUUUCUCUUUGUAAGCAGUGGAUUGAACUCUUUCCCGUCUCUGAGCAGCUGAAGCGGCAGAUGCAGGCUGAGCAUCUGCUAUAUCUGCUGGAAAUGGAACAGAUGGAUGAAGCUCUUCAGCUACUUGAAGGCAUCCCAGAUGUUGCGGUGGGCCUCGAUGUUUGUGAGCACGCCCUGGAUCGGCGUCCUGGAUUGGCCGCUUGCCACUUCCUGGCUGACUACCUUACUCUUCAUUUCCAGAGACAGGUGUCUCCAGCGCGUCGUCGGCAUAUCCAUGCCCUUCACCUGGGCUCUAAGGUACUCCUGACUCUCCCCCCAGCCUCCAGGCAGGAGUAUUUCUCCCUGCUUUCAGAACCGCUGCUGAUGCUGGAGCAGCUGUUGAUGAAUCUGAAGGUAGAGUGGGCAGAGGUGGCGGUGAAAACCCUAAAGAGUCUGCUGGUUGGUCAGGAGGCUGGCUUCACCGCAGAAGACAUAGAUAAGCUUCUAGCAGAAUAUGCCUCCAAAGCUCUCGACUUCUCAUGUGCCCCCAAAGAGAGGUCUCGUUCAGACUCUGUGAUCAGCCUUCAGGAUGCGCUGCUGCAGUGCCCUGCUCAAGAGCUCAGUUCUCAGUCGUUCACCCGAAUUGACUCUCCAUCUUCUUCCUCAAACAGCAACCCUACGCACACCCUGUCUGCUAGCGGCUCGGAAAGGGAAAAGGAUCGAGGAUCAUCGGAGCGGCGCCAGCGUUCAUCUGCCAAGUUCCAGCCUCCGGACCAGCCCCCGGCCCAGAAGGACUGGGUCCCAGACACCAAGCACGGCACGUGCAUGGUCUGCCGGCGGGAGCGGUUCACCAUGUUCAACAGACGGCAUCACUGCCGGCGAUGUGGCCGCCUGGUUUGCAGCACAUGCUCAGAGCAUAAGAUGCUGGUGGAUGGAUGUCCAGGAGAGGAAGUCAGAGUCUGUGACCAGUGUUACGUCUACUUUCACCCAGCUUCUGAGGAUGAAUCCGAUUCUGCUGAAAUUAUCGGAAGCCCAGUCGUCUCUCAGGAAGCUCUGGAUGGGAUGCUGCAUCUACCUGAAGUGGUCCACCGACAGUUCAGUCUGAGCACAGACCCCGCUGAGAACCAGCUGCUGCGGACUGGCUUCUACUAUGAGCAGGCUCCCAGCGCACACCUCUGUGUGGCCAUUUUGUCUCUGCACAGCGACCAAGCUGCCUGCGGCCACCAGCUCAUCAACCACUGCCGCUCUCUGUCCCGUAAACUAACCAACCCAGAGGUGGACGCCUGCCUGCUCACUGACAUCAUGCGGCGGCUACUUUUCAGCGCCAAGUUGAUGUUCGUUAAAGUCGGUCAGAGCCACAACCUGGCUUUAUGCGACAGUUACAUCAGUAAAGUAGAUGUGCUCAAGAUUUUGGUGACGGCCAAUUACAAAUAUAUUCCCUCUCUGGACGACAUCCUGGAGACGGCUGCCGUCACACGUCUGCGCAAUCAGCUGCUGGAGGCAGAGCACUACCAGCUAGCCGUGGAGGUGUCGACGAAGAGCGGCCUGGAUCCUGGUGGUGUAUGGCAGGCGUGGGCUCUGGCAUCUCUGAAGGCUGGGAACCUUUCAGGAGCGAGGGAGAAGUUUGGCCGCUGCCUCAAGGCUCCGGUGGACCAAAACCAGCUCAAACUGGAGCCCCCGUUGCUGCAGGAGGUCGUCCAUCACCUUGAGACAACUGGACGGCCCGCCAACGCCAAGGUGAACAGGUCUUAUGGUGAAGACAUUAUGGCGUCGCUUCGAGAGCUGGAGGACGCUCUAAACGAGGUAGUUCCUGCAGAGCGACAAGAGGUACCCAUUCAGAACAGCUACCUCUUCCAAGAGUGCCUUUAUUAUUUGAAGACAUAUGGCCCUCACCUCGCCGUCAUCAGCUUCUACAUGCGCCAUAACUGUGAAACUGAGGCCCUGAAUUAUCUUCUAGGGAAGGAGUGUCCUGACGAGGUGUUUCUAGAGGGGGUGCUGCAACCCUGUUUGGAAAGAGGAAACUUCAGCAUGCUGCAAGGUAUUAUGGUAAAACUGGACCCCAGCCUAGACUCGUGCAGCCGCUAUCUAAUUGCUGCAUGCCAGUUCCUGCAGCGGAAAGGAUACUAUCACUGCUUAUACCAGCUGCAGAAGUUCAUGACGGACCACGUCCGCGCUGCCAUGACCUGCAUUCGCUUCUUCACUGUUGGAGCAAGCUCGUACAUACAGCUGGGAGAGCAGCAGCGCUGGUUGGCUAGAGCUAAAGAGCACCUGAAGACAUACCUGCAGGAGCAGCAAAGCCGAGGUGCAGGAAGGAGAAAACCAUCCGUCACCUCCUUUAGAAAGACCAUGUCAUCCAGUGAUGUGUCCAGGCACAUGAAUACAAUCGAGCUCCAGCUGGAGGUGACCCGUUUCCUGCAUCGCUGUGAGACGGCGUCGUCCUCCGGUGCCCCGGCGGCCAUCAAACCGCACUCUAAGUCUUCCAAUUCACCACCAACACUGUUUGGUGGAAGCCCUAUGAAGAUUGAGGUCGCCUGCAAGGUGAUGCUUGGAGGAAAAAACAUUGAAGAAGGGUUUGGCAUUGCUUACAGAGUCAUACAGGACUUUCAGCUGGAGGCCCAGGCCGUCUACACCCGAGCAGGUCACAGACUUGUCCGACAGAGGCAGUAUGGAGCUGUGAAGCAGCUCCUGAAAUGCGUCUGCGAGUCAGGCACGGCCACCAGGCAUGACUGCGACGCCCUCAUCCUCAGCUGUGUCUCUAUUGCAGAUAAGGGACCUGCAGAUGCCAAGGAACUGGAAACCCUCAUCUUGGAGAUAAAGAGCACAGAAACAAAGAUCAAAGCCUACCUGCUGUGCAGUAAACUGAGGCCAGCGUACCUGCUGGCUGUAAAGCUUGACCCUGGCCGGGCGGGCCCAUUGGUCCAGGACGUCCUGCAAGCAGCUGAAGGAGCACAGGACUCUGUGAUGCAGAACAUCUGUCGCCAGUGGCUCUCCGAACACAGCAAGUCCCCUCAGCAACGUCAGAGCCGGCCCACUGCAAGGUAAGGGGCAUAGCUGGAGUAGCAACAGAAAACUGGACUUGAAGAGAAAGGAGCCUCUGAAGAAGUUCAGGUGAAUUAACACAGUAUUGGACAAUAAAGGAUUUGCACACUUUGCGUUUGAAACACAGCAACAGUAUCCCCCUACCUGCUUAUUUCUAUCUCCAAAAAGUGGAAAACUGCUGCAGUUAUGCCUUAAAACCAAUUCUCCACCACCACCAACCACAGCUGUGAAGAAUCCACCCAAAGAUACUGGUACACUGUGAUCAGAGAACCUGAUACUGUCCUAAUCUGCAAGUUUUCCCCGGAGCUAAAUAUGAAAAUUGCACAAAGUGCAAAGACUCUAUUUAAAACCCUGACGCUGCAUCAGCUGAACUCAUUGCCACUUGAUGACUUGGGCUUCCACAGACAACAUGGUGUAGAUUUGUGUUAAACAGGAAGAACUUUCAUUUAAUAUAACCUGAGUUUCCCAGCAACCCAAAGAGAACCCGUCUGUGCAUCAGGUUGACAUUAUGCAGUCCUUUUCCUUUCUAACACCAACAUAACUGACACAGAUUUCUGACUUUGUCUCUUUUGUUUAAUUUACUGACAAUUCACACAUAAUCGUAGCAACUUUUUUUUAGAUAACUAAAACAACCCAGUUUUAUUUCACAAAAGCGUCUGCUAGUGAGUUAGCAAAAACAUCACACUGACUCAAAGUUUAAGAGGUCAUUAGUAUAGACCCUGCUUUCACUGAAGUCCAUCCUUCGCAAAAGCUGUGAAUCACCACUGUGCUUUAUGGCAGUUUUGGAAAGACGUCACCACUUUACAGCAUAAAAAAGGAAAAAAUAAAAAGCACUAUGAGGGUACCGAACUGAAACACACACUAAUUUAUGUUGAUGUGUUUGUCUUCUACCUCAGCCUAAAGGGAAAAGACUCCUCUGAUAAAUGUUACCUGUUUAUUGCCCUUAUUGUCUCUGCUUUGUUUUUUUUUUAUUAUAAUGUUUUUGGUAAAAGUGUUACAAACCCAACAACCAACUUUGCUUUUUUGACGUUUCUAUCCCAGUGUUUACCUGUACAGAACAUGUUUAAACCAAUUUUCAGUACAUUUAUAAAGGAAAAUGCAGGUAUUUGAUGAAGCUAUUAGGUUAUAAGGAGUUAAUAUACCUGUAGCAGAUCCCACUCCCCAUUUAGAUUGAUGUGGAGGCGAAGGUUAACCUGGGGGCAAAUUAUACCAUUUUAAAACAUCUUCAUCUCCAAAACCUUGUAGUAAAACAAUGUUUUAUAAACCUUUAAACUCUUUCCAGGUUUGUAUUUAAACUUUUGUUUACAUAGGCAGGAAGUGGUGCAUCAUCCAUGAUCUUCCUCUUGGAAACAUACACUAAAACAGAGAAUGUAGUUUUUUUUUUUCCCCAUUCAAAAUAACCAACUAAUGUAGAAGUAAACAUAUGUAAAAAGUAAAAAG